AGCACUGCUGGGCUGCACUGGUGGGUGGCACUGGUGGGCAGCACUGGUGGGUGGGCACAGGUGGGUGGCACUGGUGGGCACAGGUGGGUGGGCACAGGUGGGUGGCACUGCUGGGCACAGGUAGGUGGCACUUCUGGGCACAGGUGUGGGACACUGCAGAGUGGCACAGGUGGGUGCACUGCUGGGCACAGGUGGGUGCACUGCUGGGCACAGGUGGGCGGAGCUAGUGGGUGCACUGCUGGGCACAGGUGGGCGGAACUUGCGGGUGGCACUGCUGGGCACCGA